UUGUAGGUUACCCUUUAGACUACCAAUGUACACAUCAGUACUUUUAGUUUCAACGACAAGAGCAUAACAAUCGGAUUGUCGGUUGGUAUUUAACUUAAUUUCGGCGAAGUAAAACAGUAUAUUACAUAUAAGAUCUACUGGUGCAAAGAGGUAUGCUAGGUUUGUUAAUCUUCAAACGUAUUGUCCCAGCUUCCCACCAUCUCUGAUGCUUUCUGUCUGCAUUCUGUACAGUUCUGUCAGGUACAAUGAGGCUUCGACUAAUAUUUCGCCACAGAGGUGUUAUCCCGCAAGCAUUGACCAAUCUGACAGCUGUGCAAGGACUCAGACCUUUGCAUGUGACCCCUUCAACAAUGGCAGACAAGAAGUUGUUUACACCCGGUCCCCUGGGCACAUCCAUGAGUGUGAAGCAGGCCAUGCUGCGUGACCUGGGCUCCAGGGAUGUAGAGUUUAUCAGUCUGGUCAAGUACAUCCGCACCAAGCUCUGCAAGAUUGCAGGUGUACCCCAGUCUGAGUUUACUGCUGUGCCCAUGCAAGGCAGUGGCACGUAUGGAGUGGAGUCCGUCUUCCAGACUGCCUGCCCACGGAAAGGCGCUAACGUUCUGUGCAUUGAGAAUGGCGCCUACGGUAAACGCCUGGGCAAGAUCUGUGAUGUAAUGGGAGUGAAGUAUCGCGUUCUUUCCUUCCCUGAGAACGAGUUUGUUGACCCUGUGGCUGUGCAGAAAGCACUGAAAGGAGACCGGUCUAUCACAAUGGUUGCCAUGGUGCACUGUGAGACCAGCUCGGGUGUAUUCAACCCUGUGGUGGAAGUUGGACAACUGGUUAAACAUGAAUUACCAGGCAGUGUAUUCUUUGUGGAUGCCAUGAGCAGUUUUGGUGCGGUGCCUCUUGACCUGAUGCGAGGUCACGUAGACUUCCUGGUCAGCUCAGCCAACAAGUGCCUCGAGGGUGUUCCAGGAUUUGCAUACGUGAUUGCCAGGAUCAGUGAACUCAACAAGUGCAAAGGCAACUCGAGGAGUCUGAGUCUGGAUGUGUUUGACCAGUAUGAGAACCUAGAGAAGACAAGCCAGUUCCGGUUUACCCCACCCACCCAUGCCAUGCUGGCAUUCUCCCAGGCCCUGAGAGAGCUGGACAGUGAAGGGGGUGUUGCAGGCCGCUCUGCUAGGUAUUCUGAGAAUUGCGAACUGCUGAAAGCUGGAAUGAAGGAGAUGGGUUUUAAAGAAUUUCUGGAGCCCAAACACAAAGGAUACAUCAUCACAUCAUUCCGUUUCCCUCAACAUCCCAACUUCAACUUCAACACAUUCUACACUAAGCUGAACGAGAAAGACCAGGUGAUCUAUCCAGGUAAGGUGUUGAACGCAGACUGUUUCCGUAUCGGCAACAUCGGUCAUCUGUUCCCGGCGGACAUGAAACACCUGCUGGCAUGUGUACGGGAGGUGUGCAAAGACAUGGGCAUGCCGCUACCAUUGACAUAAUAAAGGCACUCAUUUAUUGAGCGUUUAUAUAUGUAUUGGCAUUUAUUUGUUUGAUCUUUAACAAAUAAUUGUGAUUUAUUAUCCAUUUGUUUAGUAGAAAUCUUUUGUUUUAUAAGGAUUAGAAUUGUCAAAAGUCUUUGUAUUGAUUAAUACGGAUUGCAGUAUUUUUCUUUAGUUUUCUUAGCCUAUCAAUAUAUAAUGCAGAGGUAAAAUCACAAGUUUUUAUGCUGCAGGAAAUAUAAGUAUAAAAUUAUUAUUUUAGAAUUAGCAAGUAUAACCGUUUGUUAGAAUUGAUUAUUAAGUGUUUCAAAUGUUUGAAUAACAAUGAAAAACAAGAGUUUGCAUGGUUAAAUUUGUAAAGGUUUAUGAAAAUAAUUUUUUCCAUUAAAGCAAUAUUUAUAAUUUGUAAAUCAGCUGUUACGCUUAUUGUCCCCUAUUGGUGAAACCAGAGGGGACUUAUGGUUUGCGCUCUGUCUGUCAGUCAGUCUGUCAGUCUGUCACACUUUUCUGGAUCCUGCGAUAACUUUAAAAGUUCUUCAUAUUUUUUCAUGAAACUUGAAACAUGGACAGAUGGCAAUAUGGAGAUUAUGCACGUCAUUUCAUUUCGUUCCUACGUCAAGAAUUCUGGUUGCUAUGGCAACAAAUAGACUAGAAAUAUUGCAUAAAAUGGUGGAUCCUGCGAUAACAUUAAACGUUCUUCAUAUUUUUUCAUGAAACUUGAAACAUGGACGGAUGGCAAUAUGGAGAUUAUGCACGUCAUUUCAUUUUGUUCCUACGUCAAGAAUUCUGGUUGCUAUGGCAACAAAUAGACUAGAAAUAUUGCUGAAAAUGGUAGAGUUUCACCGGUAGGGGACUUGUAUUGCUUGGAAAUAGUCUUGUUUGUAUUUUUUAAUUGAACUGCUGAUGAAAAAUGUUGUUUAUGACAUAUUGAUAGUGUUUUAGUGACUUGGUCACGCACCCAAUACUUGUGAUUUGGUUAUUGUGAUUUCUGAAUGUAACCUUGUGGUGUCGAAUAUUCAUUUGAGUUUAAGUUUGGGUUGCUUUUCAGGCCGUUGUUGUAGUAACUAUUGACUUAAAUCAUAUGUAACCAGUGAAUAUGAGGAGCAGGGUUUCUUGGUAGGAAUUAUAGUAAAAUGUGCUCAAAUUGCAAUCUACGCAAGAAUCACUUAUCACACUGCAUUCACACAUAAGUUUUCACACAUAACUGUUCACUUGUAACAUUAAUGUAAAGAAGACUUUAUCCCAAACCUCAAUUAUGGAUUAUUUGAAACACGGUUUAUAUGCUGUAAUCACUGCUAUAUACCAUAUGUUGUCAAAAGUUCAGUUUCAUGUACAUUAAGCACCAUCUGCUAAAACUGCUAAAUUAUGUCAUACGUUUCAUUUCAAUCCUCUUUGAAAGAAGUAUGGAAAGGAACAUUUGAUUGACCAGAUAAUGAAAAACGACCGCACUUAUGUAACCGUGUCUUUUGGUACAGAAUCAAUUAGAUGUUUCAUUAGUUAUUCAUGAUUACAAAGUUUUGCUAGCCAAUCCUCCCAUUUUUGAUCAAGAAUCUCACACGUUUGAUCAAGAAUCAUUGCAAAUUUGAGCAGAUACAGUUAAUGUGUGUUAGUUUUGGGAGCUGUGGUCGGGUGGUCGGUCGUGGAAGUCCGGAUCGAAUGAUCUCCUGUUCAACUCCCACUCGGAACCUGGACUUGUUCAGUUCUGCCCAAGUUUGCUCCUCUACAUCGGUGAAUAAACGCAUGCCUGUUAGGGAAAUAAGAAAAUGUACCGUUAACAUGACCUUUAAUCUUUGAAGUUUUGUAUGUGAGGUUAAAAGUGUGUAGUUAUGGCUCAGCCCUGUAUGAUUGGUGACCCUGGUGAUUGUCAUGCGUCCACCCAGGGACCUAUACAAACAAAUGGGUCCCUGGUCCACCUGAACCCUUCAAGAGUGCUAGGUAACAAUCUUAAAACCAUGCGUUCACUCUAAAAUGAGCCUUGCUCUGUCAAAAGAGGGUUUAAUGUAUUAAGUAAAGUGUUGUCCCAGAUGAGCAUGUGCAGUCUGCUAAUCAGGGACAAAACUUUCCGCCUUAACUGGAUUUUUGAUAAGAAGAGACUCUCUGUUAACGAAUAAUAUCAUAAAAGCGGAAAGUUUUAUCCCUGCUCAAUUAUGCUUUUUGUAUGGAAAACUGCUAUGGGAAUUAAAUGCAUUCAUAUUAUGGCGCUUGAAGCCAAUUGUAUAUGAUGCAUUAGUUCAAGCGACGUGUUCAAUAUCAUAUACAUCCAGUCUUUACAUCGUGUUAUAUCAUAUGCUGCUAUACAAUUUGUUGUCCACUAGUUAUGUCAUUAACAAUGGACCGGUAAGCAUCUAUGUCUUAGUUGUGUCCAGAAGAUGACGUCGGAGUAUGUGUAUUUACAUAUGUGAGUUAUUUUUGCGGUCCAAGAGAGUUUCCAUUAAUUUUAUAACGCUUCAUUUGUUCAGCGAAAUCGUGUUACAUUCACAUACUAGUAAUCUAAAUACGAUUACAGGAUGAAUAGAAGUAUGAUGUUUUUAAGUAUUUAACCUACAUGUAUUAUGUAUAAUGUACAUACAAUUAUUAUAAAAUUUAAUCAUUGCCUUUAUAUUGUGUAACUUUUAAUUUAAAAAGCAACAUUUUAAUUUUAUUAGAAAUGAUAAUACCUGUUAUAUUAAUAUUUAUAUAUUAUAUACAUGCGUACAUAUGUGUUAUAUUUGUUGUCAUAAUUUAAAUACGCAUAUAUUUGUAUUAUCACACAACCAUAGUUCACAUCCAAAUUCGUGAUGGUAUUGAACAAAUAUCAAUUGUCAAAUACAUGUUUACUGUAACUCUUGUACAUAUAGUAAAAUAUAAAAAUGGUAUUUCCAUAAGAGAC